ACAAACCACUUUCAAGAUUUUCAGAAUUUAUAUCAAAAAAGAACGCAUUUAAAGAAUAUCAAUCUGUUAGACCUCGUUUAAUAGAAAACCCCAAAUCUUUCUCUGAUCACGUAAAUAAUCAAGAUGUUCUUCAUCAGGGGUCCAAAUUAAGUAGACGAGCAUUUUUACUAAAUAUGAUAAAUAAACGAAGUCAUGGUCCUCCCGCAUUAAAUAAUGCGUCACUUCCAUCUAUUCAGAAAAAUAUUAAGAGGUCACCGGAAGAAAAUACACCCAAAAAAUUAUCUCAACAAUUCAAAAUAUCACCCGAAUCAGUUCGUCGUAUCAUCCAUUCAAAAUUCGUUCCUACGCCUGAAAUAUCGAUGCGACAAAAUCAAAAAAUAUUGGGGAACCUUAUAAAAUUUAAAGCUGAGAUGAAAGUUAAACGGAAAGAAGAAAAGAAAUUGAUGAAGCUAAAAAAGAAAAAAUGGUCAAAAGAUUCUUUUCUUGCAGUUAAAAAGCCUAAACAAAAACAGAAAAAAGAUAGGUUUUUAAAAGUGUUAAAUGCUGUUCAAAAAG